AUGUCCCCUCCACCUCCCCUGUUGGAGAGUGCAUUCCUCACAGAUAAAAUCCCAGAAACGCUCACACCGAAGAUGGGGCAUUCUACGGCGUGUCCGAGGGUGGAUGAACACCCCUUGCUGGCAGGCAAACGAGGCAACAGACAGACGCUUGGCACAGGAUGACCAUGGAGGGAAAACAAGUGAAGGAUACAACAAACAGCAGGACAGAUACAUCCCUAGAUGGGCCAGAUGGUGUUCCAGACUCGAGGCCUGACCAGGUAUAUCCGUCUGGACUCUCUUUGGUCUCCAUCAUCAUUGCUUUGGACCUGGCCGUGUUUCUCGUGGCGUUGGACCGCACAAUCAUUGCGACAGCGACCCCCCGCAUUACCGACCACUUCAACUCCCUCGACGACGUGGCCUGGUACGGCAGCAGCUACCUGCUGACGUACUGCACGUUCCAGCUGCUGUUCGGGCGCGUGUACACCUUCUACCCGCCGAAAUGGGUCUUCCUGGCUGCGAUCGCGAUCUUCGAGGUCGGGUCGGCCGUGUGCGGCGCGGCCCCUAGCUCGACGAUUUUCAUCGUUGGCCGCGCGGUGGCCGGCCUGGGCGCCGCGGGCAUCUUCUCCGGCGCCGUCGUGAUUAUCGUCGACAGCGUCCCGUUACACAAGCGGCCCAUGUACACGGGUUUCCUUGGCGCCAUGUUCGGCAUCUCGUCCGUCGUCGCCCCGUUGCUCGGCGGCGCCUUCACCGACCGAGUCUCGUGGCGCUGGUGCUUCUACGUCAACCUGCCGAUCGGCGCGGUGGCCGUCGCUGUCAUCAUGCUCAUCCUCAGGACGACCCAGCCGCCGAACCCGAGCCCGGCAAAGACGCUGCGCGAGCGCAUCUGGCUGCUCGACCCCCUGGGCAACCUGUGCUUCUUCCCGGGCAUCGUCUGCCUGCUGCUCGCCCUCGAAUGGGGUGGCUCCAAGUACGCGUGGAACAACGGCCGCAUCAUCUCGCUGUUCGUGUUGUUCGGUGUGCUGACCCUCGCGUUUAUCGCCCUCCAAAUCCAGCGCCAGGAGCAGGCGACUGUGCCGCCGCGCAUCGUCAUGCAGCGUAGCAUCCCGCCCGCCAUGUUGUACUCGCUGUGCGUCGGGGCCUCUAUGAUGCUGAUGGUCUAUUACCUGCCCAUCUGGUUCCAGGCCAUCAAGGGCGUCAGCGCCAUGAAAUCGGGCCUCAUGAACCUACCCCUUGUCCUGUCCUUGGUCCUGGGUUCCAUCUUGGCGGGUAUUCUCGUCUCUAAACUAGGCUACUACACCCCGUUUCUCCUCCUGGGCACCAUCCUCUCCGCCGUGGGUAUCGGUCUGAUCACCACCUUCACCCCCACAACAAACCUUCCAAAGUGGCUCGGGUAUCAGGUUCUAUACGGUCUCGGCCUGGGAGUCGGUAUGCAACAGCCAAACGUGGCGGCGCAGACCGUCCUCCCGCGCCAGGAUGUCCCCACAGGGAUCGCCCUGCUGAUGUUCAUGCAGUCGCUGGGGGGCAGCCUCUUCCUCUCUGUUGGAGAGAACGUCUUCACCAACAGGCUCAUCGGGGAUUUAUCUUCGCUAUCCCUGCAGGGUGUCGAUGUCGUCCAGGUUGUCCUUGGUUCCGGUGCCACUGACCUCAGAGAUAAGGUUGCCGCGCAAGACCUCCCGCCUGUUCUAGCUGCCUACAACGACUCGAUCCGUUCUGUCUUUAUCGUCGCGCUGGCUGUCGUCUGUGCUUCGAUCGUAGGAGGUCUUUUUGUGGAAUGGAAGAGCGUUAAGAAUCCGGGGGCUACCCAGGUAGCAGAUGGGCAAGAAACCAGUAUGUAA